UUACGGCGGCGUAGUUUAUCUUAUAUACGCUGCGCCCGGCGGAGAGAAGCGCCGAUCUACGUGGAUCUGCCCCUUGGAAAAUAACUGAAUGGUAUAAAUCCCUGUAUAGACCUCGGGGUGAAGUAGAAAGGUUCGGGGUGGAGUAGUACCUUAGGACUUUUACGUUUUGAGAAUUUUGUUUGUAAAUUGCCUUUUACGAUUUUCAGUUUUUCUGUUUAAAUGUCAUUGAUCACCUUUGUUUUCUUUUGCAAUAUCAAUAAAGUUCUAUAAAAGGAAUUCCCUUGUCUCCUUUGUACGCACUGCACUGUAAGAGUAGUUUUUGGCACCGAGCCAUCUGGAAACAAUCAUACGCCCGGUGCUGAGCCGGCUGCCCACAGUCCAGUGUGGCUCCCUAACAAUACACUGCAAUAUAAACAAUGCAGCAGAGUCAUCUAGCCAAUAAGCAGGCUGGCCUGAGCUCCAGCAGUUGUAGAAUAGCUGCUGACCAGCUGGAAUGGUGUGGAAUGGAAGCUGUGGGGUUGGUGGUCAGUCUGCACAUGAUCUGUAAUGGGAACAUGACAUGGAUCUAGAAAGAGCAGAGCAGCAGAUGGCUGUAGAAGAGGCAAUGGGUGGUGGAUACGAUGUAGAAAUCUUUGCUGAAAAUCCAGACGAUGAUCUCCUGUGCUCAAUAUGUCAUGGAGUACUGCGGUGUCCGGUCAUGGUGUCCUGUGGUCACAUCUUCUGCAGGAAAUGUAUCUUACAAUGGCUAAAGAGACAGCCGACCUGUCCCUGCUGUAGAACAGAGGUGAAGGGAAAACUAUUAGUGCAGAUGCAUAAGCUAAAGAAGAGAAUCAACCGCCUGCAAGUCAAGUGCCCCAAUGAAGCGCAUGGAUGUCCUGCCAUCUUUCCUAUGUUACGGACUGAAGAGCAUGCGGAGAGUUGCGCUUUUGGGCUGCUUUGUUGCUCCAACGAGGGCUGCCCCGCCGAGGUCCUGCGGAAGGACAUUUGCGAGCACAGUCAGAACUGUCAGUUUUGGCGCGACGUGUGUCACAUGGGCUGCGGAACCUCGCUGACACCAGAAAACCGGGAUGAGCAUAACUGCUACAUGGAGCUGAAGGAGCUCUACAACAAACAGCUGCACAAGCUGCGUCAGAAAGCCAGACGGAUAGAAAGUCUGACUACCCAGAUGAGCCGACAGAUACAGCUUCUCAGCGAGGGGCUGGAGGGGGCCGAAGCUGCCACCUCUACACAAGAACCACAAUAGACCAGGCUGGCCUGGCUACACAGAGUAGAUAUGUUUCCGGUGACAGAGGGGUCGAUUUAC